UCUCAUGGAGAACUUCGCGGCCACCGGUUCUGCCAGGAGCUUCCUUCCCUCCUUCCUGCUCCUGGCCUGCGGGACGCUGGUGGCCGCCCUACUGGGUGCCGCGCACCGCCUGGGGCUCUUCUAUCAGCUGAUGCACAAGGUGGACAAAGAGAGUGUCCGGCACGGCGGGGAGAACGUGGCAGCUGUGCUGAAAGCCCAUGGCGUACGGUUCCUCUUCACGCUGGUUGGUGGGCACAUUUCCCCGCUGUUGGUGGCCUCUGAGAAACUGGGCAUUCGUGUGGUGGACACACGCCACGAGGUCACGGCUGUCUUUGCUGCCGAUGCUGUGGCCCGCCUGACUGGGACAGUGGGUGUGGCAGCAGUGACUGCGGGUCCUGGCCUCACCAACACAGUGACUGCAAUGAAGAAUGCCCAGAUAGCCCAGUCUCCAGUCCUGCUUCUGGGUGGGGCUGCUGGCACCCUGCUACAGAACCGGGGCGCACUCCAAGCCAUUGAUCAGAUAUCUCUGUUCCGGCCGAUCUGCAAGUUUUGUGCAUCUGUGCGGAGGGUGCGGGACAUUGUGCCUACCCUGAGGGCUGCAAUGGCUGCCGCCCAAUCAGGCACCCCAGGUCCGGUGUUUGUGGAGCUGCCCAUUGAUGUGCUGUACCCCUACUUCAUGGUCCAGAAGGAGAUGGUGCCAGCCAAGUCACCUAAGGGCCUCAUUGGUCGAGGGGUCUCCUGGUACUUGGAGAAUCACCUGGCCAACCUCUUUGCGGGGGCCUGGGAGCCUCAGCCCGAGGGGCCCCUGCCCCUGGACAUCCCCCAGGCAUCCCCCCAGCAGGUUCAACGCUGUGUGGAGAUCCUGAGCCGGGCCAGGAGGCCCCUGAUGGUGUUGGGGAGUCAGGCCCUGCUGCCCCCAACCCCUCCCGACAGGCUGCGAGCUGCGGUGGAGACCCUGGGUGUCCCCUGCUUCCUGGGAGGGAUGGCGCGGGGCCUGCUGGGCCGGAACCACCCCCUCCACAUCCGGCAGAACCGCAGCAGCGCCCUGAAGAAGGCAGAUGUCGUCAUCCUGGCAGGAGUCGUGUGUGACUUCCGGCUAUCCUAUGGCCGUGUCCUCAGCCACAGCAGCAAGAUCAUCAUCGUCAAUCGUAACUGGGAAGAGAUGUUGCUCAACUCAGACAUCUUCUGGAAGCCCCAGGAGGCAGUGCAGGGAGAUGUGGGCUCCUUUGUGUUGAAGCUGGUGGAAGGCCUUCAGGGCCAGACGUGGGCCCCAGACUGGGCAGAGGAGCUGCAGGAAGCUGACCGGCAGAAGGAGCAGACCUUUCGGGAGAAAGCAGCAAUGCCCGUAGCCCAGCACCUGAACCCAGUGCAGGUGCUGCAGCUGGUGGAGGAAACUCUGCCAGACAACUCCGUUCUGGUGGUGGAUGGCGGGGACUUCGUGGGCACUGCCGCCCACCUGGUACAGCCCCGUGGACCCCUGCGCUGGCUUGAUCCUGGGGCCUUUGGGACUCUGGGAGUUGGCGCAGGAUUUGCCCUUGGGGCCAAGUUGUGCCAUCCGGAUGCUGAGGUCUGGUGCCUUUUUGGGGAUGGAGCCUUUGGCUAUAGCCUCAUUGAGUUUGACACGUUCGUCAGACACAAGAUCCCGGUGAUGGCUUUGGUAGGCAACGAUGCAGGCUGGACCCAGAUUUCUCGGGAGCAGGUGCCCUGUCUGGGCAGCAAUGUGGCCUGUGGACUGGCCUACACAGAUUAUCACAAGGCAGCCAUGGGUCUGGGGGCCCAGGGCUUGCUGCUGUCACGGGAUAAUGAGGAUCAGGUGGUCAAGGUGCUGCGUGAUGCCCAGCAGCAGUGCCGAGAUGGCCACCCGGUUGUGGUCAAUAUCCUCAUUGGGAGGACAGACUUCCGUGAUGGCUCCAUUGCUGUAUAGGGCCUUGAGGGUCAGUACACUUGGCUCCCUUCCUGCCCCUGGACUAUGCAGAGCCAGUUUGGAGUCUCAUCCUUGCCUUCCCUGGGCCUAUCCCAUGAGGCCCAGUGACUCCACCACUCUCCAUGAGGAGGGGACGGAGGCGUCAAAGCUCAGAGAGUUCCCUGGCAGCCCUGGAGAGCUCUUGGACUCCUCUACGGGCCUAGCUGUGUCCUUUCUCCCCACCUCUCACACAGACUGAAUAAACCACGUCUGGCUCAUGUGCACCCAA